AUGCAUUUAGCAGAGGGCAAUGUAAUCAAAGCGGUGGCGUCAUCAGUGUGUCAGUCCACUCGAGGACAGAUCAGCAUAACCGGUCUCCGUGGUCUCCCAAAGGCGCGUCGUCGCGACCGGAUCUCUGCAUGGUCAUUGGCCAUAGUGACUGUCGCUUCUUACAACCAAACGAGUCCUGCACUAAUUAUAUCGCUGAACUGUCCCGUUGCAGAUUAA